AUGCCUCUUCAGGCCAAGUUCACUCCUCACAACGGCCUUUCCAGGCCCAGCUCAUGCCGCUCGACAGGCCCAGCUCCUCCUGGCCUGUUUCAGCCCAGCUCAUGCCUCUCGUGUCCCGCCCAGAGGUGGGAGCUCCUACCUCACACUGGCCUCUCUGGUUCGAGGUCCUCCCUCACGCCAGCCCACUGGGGCCCAGCUCAUGCCUCUCGUGGCCUCUCCAGGCCCAGCCCCUGCAUGUGGGCAGGCUCUCCAGUCCCAGCCUCUACCUCGCAGUGGGCCCUCUCCGGGCCCACCUCUUGCCUCGCCGUGGCCCCUUUGGGCCAACCUCCUGCCCUUCGGGGGGCUCUGCAGGCCCAGCUCCUGCCUCCCAGUGGCCACUGUAGGCCAAGCUCAUGCCUUGAUGGUGCCCUUCCCAGGCCCCGCUUUUGCUUUUGGUGGCCUCUUCAGGCCCGGAACCUGACCUCCAGUAGGCCUCUCCGGGCCUGGCUCUUCCUCCCGGUGGCCUCUGCAGGCCCAAGUCAUACUCAACUCCUCCCGCCUCCCGAUGGCCUCUUUGCCCAGCCCAGUUCGUGCCUCUUGGUGGCCUUCCCAGGCCCCACUUUUGACUCUUGGUGGCCUCUUCAGGCCCCGAACUUGACCUCCUGUCAGCCUCUCCGGGUUCAGCCUCCUGCCUCCCGAAGGCCCGUGUACAGGAUUAGCUUCUGCCUCACAGUGCACUCUCCCACACCUAGGCUGCGCUCCUGCCUUCCGGCGGCUUCAAUAGGGCCCGUUCCUGCCUCCCGAUGGCCUCCUCAGGCCCAGCUCACCCCUCACAAUGGCCUUUCCGCGCCCAGUUUGUCCGCUUUUGGUGGCCUCUCCAGACCUGUAGAGGCCCAUUCUCGGCCUCCCUCAUGGCGGCCUCUCCAGGCCCAGCCCUUCCCCUUGCUCCUGGCUGCAUCAACAGGCCUGACUGCUGCCUCGCAACAAGCAAACUUUGCUCACCUUCUGCUUCCCGGUGGCGUGCACAGACCCAGCUCUGGCUGGAGAACAGCCUCUGCGGGCCCCAUGCUGGCCUCCCAGGGGCCUAUCCAAGCCCGGCUCUCGCCUCCCGGUGGCUUCCCGAGGCCAGGUUCCUGCCUGCCUGCGUCCCAGCAGCCUCAACAGGCCCAGCUCCUCCCACACCGUGGCCUGUUUUGGCCUAACUCAUGCCUCUCGCGGCCGGCCCAGAGGUAUGAACUCCUGCCUCACACUGGCCUCUCUGGGCUGACGUCCUCCCUCACGCUGGCCCACUGGGGCCCAACUGAUGCCUCUCGUGGCUCUCCAGGCCUAGCCCCUGCCUGUGGGUUGCCUCUCUAG